UGCAAUUUAUAAUACCGCAAAAUAGCAACACAACAAAGGCGGCUCCUUUUCCUAUGCUUAUAAAAACUAACUCAGUCACUGCCGCUUCAAGCUCAGAAGAAAAAUAGAUAUCUCCUGUCAAAAUGGAAGAAGUACAGCUCGUAUUCGUCCCUACCCCUGGUAUAGGCCACCUUAUAUCCACAGUGGAAUUGGCAAAGCUUCUUCUUAACCACCACCACCAUGGACUCUCCGUCACUGUCCUUGUCAUGAAGCUAUCUAAUUUUGGUUCCAACGUUACUAACAACUACAUUCAAUCACUUGCAGCCUCCACUUCCUUGUCCGAUCGAAUCAGAUUCAUUGACUUACCCGAAGACAAGCUCGAAACAUUUAGUAUCGCUUCUUUUAUUGAGAGACAGAAACCUCAUGUCAAACAAGUUAUUUCUGAGAUCACUCAAUCUGGGUCUGAUUCUCCUCGACUAGCUGGUUUCGUUCUUGAUAUGUUUUGUGCAACGAUGAUAGAUGUCGCUAAUGAUUUUGGUGUUCCAUCUUACAUUUUCUUUACUUCAAGUGCAGCUUGUUUUGGUUUCGUGCUUCAUUUGCAGGUGAUUUACGAUGAACAGAAUGUUGAUCCAACUGAGUUGAAGGAAUCGGACAUUGAGUUAGAAGUCCCGGGUUUGGUAAACCCAUUUCCUGCUAAGGUUAUGCCUUCCGCGAUGUUAAGCGAAGAGUGGUUUCAUCCCUUGCUCGACAAUUUCAGAAGGUAUAAGGAAGCUAAGGGUAUUAUCGUAAACACAUUAUUUGAGCUAGAAUCCUAUGCAAUCGAGUCUUUUUCUAAUGGUAAAACUAGAAAAACCCCUCCCAUGUAUCCAGUGGGUCCCAUUUUGAAUGUGGGGUCCGAUGGAAGCAGCAAACAGCAGGAAAUCAUGGAAUGGCUUGAUGAUCAGCCUCCAUCAUCAGUGGUGUUCCUGUGCUUUGGGAGCCGGGGAAGUUUUGAUGAGGAUCAAGCGAAAGAGAUUGCCUAUGCGCUAGAGCACAGUGGACAUAGAUUCUUGUGGUCCCUACGUCGACCACCGCCAACAGGUAAGAUGGAAUCUCCAAGUGAGUACGAGAAUCCACAAGAAGUUUUACCUGAAGGAUUCUUAGAUCGAACGGCUAAGAUUGGAAAGAUAGUUGGAUGGGCUCCACAAGCAGCUAUUUUAGCUCAUCAAGCUAUAGGAGGAUUUGUUUCUCACUGUGGAUGGAACUCUACAUUGGAGAGCAUAUGGUAUGGUGUUCCAAUUGCAGCAUGGCCAAUGUACGCAGAGCAACAGUUCAAUGCCUUUGAAAUGGUGAUUGAACUAGGAUUAGCUGUGGAAAUUAAAAUGGAUUAUAGAAAAGAGAGCAAAAUAAUUAUAAAUAGUGAUAAAAUUGAAAGAGGAAUAAGGUGUUUGAUGGAGCAAGAUAGUGAAAAGAGAAAGAAAGUGAAGGAGAUGAGUGAAAGGAGCAGAAUGGCUUUAAUGGAAGGUGGAUCUUCAUACAUUUGGUUAGAUUGUUUAAUAAAAGAUGUCAUCAGCAAUAUGUCAUGAUCAAAACAUUCCCAUUAUAUGGUUUUGUUUGUCAUUUUUCUUUUCUCCCAAAUUAGCAAAUGUUACUUCUUUUCUCCCGAGAAGUACUCAAUAAUGAAAGAUGUCAUUCUUUGGCGUCUAUGGCUCUUACUCAAUAAUGUAUUUGUGUGUGUGUGUGUGUACUUCUUAAACUCAAAGAAUGAGAAAAUCC